CGAUUGGUGGGUCAACACGGCGAAUGCGCAAAAACUCAGCAGGGGAAUCUCCAGGCACUUUGUCUGGCAGAACAGCUGAUUGCUGGAAGAUCAAAAUCAGUGUCAGUCUCUCAGAGAAAUGCGAGUGUAAUUGUGAGUAAACCAGUCCAGAGAACAAAGUUGAAUUCACUGCCAAGAUAAAGUCAGGUUAAAGAUGUGGCUGCUGACACUUCUGCUGACCGCACCGUCAUGGAGCCUAAUUUUUGCCCAAAAUGCGGAAAUUGUUAACUCUUGCAAACAGUACAAAAAGGAUAUUUUUGAGGAGAAGGUUGCAUACAGCUUCCUCUUUCCCAAUGCACCCAUCAGAUAUGAGAUAGUUGACAGUUGCCGUCAGUAUACGCCCCUAAUUGUGGGCGGACAACCUGCCAAUCCCAAGGAGUUUCCCAACACGGCACGACUCGGACACCGUAAUCCGCAGCAGGGCAACAUCGAGUGGUUCUGUGGCGGCACGCUCAUCAGCAAAUAUUUCGUGCUCACCGCUGCACAUUGCUUUGAAUCCGAUCAGGGCGAGGUUAACAUUGUUCGUCUGGGCGAUUUAGACUUUGGCACCGAUCAGGAAGAUGCCUCGCCAAGGGAUUACGCUGUCAAGGAUUAUUUCGUGCAUCAAAACUUUACCAGCCCAGAGCUAUACAAUGACAUUGGCUUAAUUAAACUUGCUGAGCCUGUUCAAUUCGAUAGCUAUAAGCAUCCUGCUUGUUUGCCCUUUGAGAAUGGUGAGAACAUCGGAUCCUUUAUAGCUGUAGGCUGGGGCAGUAACAGCUUAGCCGGAAGAUCAUCAACGAAGCUGCUAAAGGUUAAGCUGGAUCGUUUUGCUGAUGAGGUGUGUCGCAGGGUAAUUGAGACAAGCGCGGACUACCCAAAGGGAUAUGACAAUGACAGCCAAAUGUGCGUAGGAUCUUCAAGGCCAAUGGAUACAUGUAGUGGAGACUCGGGCGGACCUAUCCUUGUCUAUCAUCAGGAUUAUCCGUGUAUGUACCAUGUUAUGGGUAUUACAUCGGCGGGUAUAGCCUGUGGAACUCCAAACAUACCUAGCAUUUAUACCCGAGUGCAUUUCUAUUUAGAUUGGAUCAAGCAAACUAUGUCAAAUAAUUAGAAUUUUAUGGAAUGUGCAGAAUAAAUUGGAUUGAUCAAAGUGA